CCGCCGGCCGCCGGGCAGGACGCGGCCCCCCCGCCCGCGAGAGGCCGCUGCUGCGCUCGCCCCGGAGCCUCCGCGGCCCCCAUGGCUUCCUCCGCCUCCACCAACCCAGCACAUGCCCACUUUGAGAGCUUCCUGCAGGCCCAGCUGUGCCAGGAUGUGCUGAGCAGCUUCCAGGGGCUCUGCGGGGCCCUGGGGCUGGAGCCCGGCGGGGGGCUGCCCCAGUACCGCAAGCUCAAGGCCCAGCUCAACUACUGGAGCGCCAAGUCGCUGUGGGCCAAGCUGGACAAGCGCGCCGAGCAGCCCGUCUACCAGCAGGGCCGGGCCUGUGCCCGCACCAAGUGCCUGGUGGUGGGGGCUGGCCCGUGCGGGCUGCGGGCCGCCGUGGAGCUGGCACUGCUGGGGGCCCGCGUGGUGCUGGUGGAAAAGCGCACCAAGUUCUCUCGCCACAACGUGCUGCACCUCUGGCCCUUCACCAUCCACGACCUCAGGGCCCUCGGCGCCAAGAAGUUCUAUGGGCGCUUCUGCACGGGCACCCUGGACCACAUCAGCAUCCGGCAGCUUCAGCUGCUCUUGUUGAAAGUGGUGUUACUGCUCGGGGUGGAAAUUCACUGGGGGGUCACUUUCACUGGCCUCCAGCCCCCUCCUAAAAAGGGGAGUGGCUGGCGUGCCCGGCUCCAGCCCCACCCCCCGGCCCCACUGGCCAACUAUGAAUUCGACGUGCUCAUCUCUGCUGCCGGAGGUAAAUUCGUCCCUGAAGGCUUCACCGUGCGAGAAAUGCGUGGCAAGCUGGCCAUUGGCAUCACGGUCAACUUUGUGAACAGGCGCACGGUGGAAGAGACGCAGGUGCCCGAGAUCAGCGGCGUGGCCAGGAUCUACAACCAGAGCUUCUUCCAGAGCCUGCUCAAAGCCACAGGCAUUGAUCUGGAGAACAUCGUGUACUAUAAGGAUGACACCCACUACUUUGUGAUGACAGCCAAGAAGCAGUGCCUGCUGCGGCUGGGGGUGCUGCGUCAGGAUUGGCCGGAGAUCGACCGGCUGCUGGGCAGUGCCAACGUGGUGCCCGAGGCUCUGCAGCGCUUCGUCCGGGCGGCUGCUGACUUCGCCACCAACGGCAAGCUCGGGAAGCUGGAGUUUGCCCGGGACGCCCACGGGCGGCCUGACAUCUCUGCUUUCGACUUCACGAGCAUGAUGCGGGCAGAGAGUUCUGCUCGAGUGCAGGAGAAGGACGGCGCCCGCCUGCUGCUGGGGCUGGUGGGGGACUGCCUGGUGGAGCCCUUCUGGCCCCUGGGCACUGGAGUGGCUCGGGGCUUCUUGGCCGCCUUUGAUGCCGCCUGGAUGGUGAAGCGGUGGGCAGAGGGUGCUGGGCCCCUAGAAGUGUUGGCGGAGCGGGAGAGCCUGUACCAGCUCCUCUCACAGACCUCCCCGGAAAACAUGCACCGCAACGUGGCCCAGUACGAGCUGGACCCGGCCACCCGCUACCCCACCCUGAACCUCCGGGCUGUGACUCCCCAUCAGGUGCAAGACUUGUAUGACGUGAUGGCCAAGGAGCCUAGGAGGAGACCCAGCGACAAGCCAGACGCAGGGAAGCCAGCCACAGGCACCCAGGAGGAGCUGCUGCGCUGGUGCCGGGAGCAGACGGCGGGGUACCCGGGUGUCCACGUCACCGACCUGUCCUCCUCCUGGGCCGACGGACGGGCUUUGUGCGCCUUGGUGCACCGGCUGCGGCCUGGCCUGCUGGAACCAGCAGAGCUGCGAGGGGUGGGGGCCCUGGAAGCGACAGCUUGGGCGCUCAAGGUGGCAGAGCACGAGCUGGGCAUCCCGCCCGUGCUGUCCGCAAAGGCGGUGGUGGCAGGGAGCGACCCGCUGGGUCUCAUCGCCUACCUCAGCCACUUCCACAGCACCUUCAAGAACACGGCCCACGGCCCGGGGGGCCCGGAGGGCCCCGCCCGCCAGGGCUUUCCCGGGACCUCCAGCGCUGUGCUGUUCCUUGGCAAGCUGCAGAGGACCCUGCAGCGGCCCCGGGCCCAGGAAAACAGGGAGGAUACUGGUGGCAAGAAGCCGCGCCUGGAGGGAGAAGCUAAGACCCCAAGUACGGAGGAGCCACCUGUCCCAGAGUCUGAUGUACCCCUGACACCCCCAUCCCAACACCAGGAGGCCGGCGCUGGGGACCUGUGCGCACUUUGUGGGGAGCACCUCUACAUCCUGGAGCGCCUCUGUGCCGACGGCCGUUUCUUUCAUCGGAGCUGCUUCCGCUGCCACACCUGUGAGGCCACGCUGUGGCCAGGUGGCUACCGGCAGCACCCAGGAGAUGGACACUUCUACUGCCUCCAGCACCUGCCCCAGGAGGGACCCGAAGAGGAUGGCGGUGACCAAGGCCCCGGGAGUCAGGACCUCCCCGCGGCGGAGGAAGCGAGCAUGCCCUCGGGGCCCUCGCCAGCCGUCACUCCCCCAGAGGGGACCAGAGCCGCCCCGAGCCCCGGCCAGCCCACCCAGCCCACCCGACGGCUGAUCCGCCUCUCCAGCCCGGAACGCCAGCGGCUGUCCUCCCUUCAGCUCACUCCCGAGCCAGAACUGGAGCCCCCACCCAAGCCUCCCCGCAGCUGCGCCGCCUUGGCCCGCCAGGCCCUGGAGGGCAGCUUCGUGGGGUGGGGAAUGCCAGUCCAGAGCCCUCAAGUUCUUGUGGCCACGGAGGAAGAGCAGGAACAGAGUGCCUCCUCCAGCGAGGAGGAGGAGGAGGAGGAGGAGGCGGCGGCAGGGGAAACCACGGCUUUGGGCUCAGACAUGGAGCAGGCUCUGGUGACCUUGGCCAAGAACUCAGGCACCAUGAGCAAGUACCCAACGUGGCAACGGACUCUGCUGCGCCGGGCUAGGGAGGAGGAGAUGAAGCGGUUCUGCAAGGCCCAGGCUGUCCAGCGGCGACUACAUGAGAUUGAGACGGCUCUAGGGGACCUGGAGGCUGAGGGCAUGAAGGUGGAGCUGGCCUUGAGGAGCCAGGGCGGAUCCCCAGAACAGCAAAACACCCUGUGGAUGGAACAGCUGCUACAGCUUGUUCAGAAGAAAAACAGCCUGCUGGCAGAGGAGGCUGAGCUCAUGAUCACGGUGCAAGAGCUGAACCUGGAGGAGAAACAGUGGCAUCUGGACCAGGAGCUCCGAGGCUACCUGAACCAGGAAGGAGCCCUAAAGACCCCUGCCGAUCGGCAGGCUGAGGAGCAGCUCCUGAAGAAGCUGCUGGAUGUGGUGAACCAGCGAGAUACACUUAUCCGCUUCCAGGAGGAACUCAGGCUCAGUGAGCUGGCCUGAGCCAGGGCCCCAGGGCUAAGGGGAGGGGGCUGCUGGCCUUGUCUCUACCUGGAGGACUACCUCACCCCAGGACUGUGCCACCCUGCUGGUCCGGGCUGCCUGGGAGGGGGCCUCACUGUUUACAAUAAAAGUAUUUCUGACACAGA